AUGGCCUCGGAAGGGAGUUCUGGUAUGGGUAGGAGUUUAGAGAUUGUGAGGGUGGACGAGCCCAUUGUGGCGACCUCCUCAGAAAUAGCUGGGGCCAUAAUGGGAGGGGAAAACAUGUGGAAGCGACCAGAUAGCCCUCCGGAUACCUCUGUGCACUGGGGGGCAUCGGACUACUCAUCAAAGUUGAGAGAGGCCGACCUUGGUAGACUUAGGACGGAAUAUAGGAUCCCGGACAGUGUGGACCUGAUUCUCCCAGGGCCAGAAGAGAGGGCUUGUUACCCAAGGUCGGGCUGCGUGGCCAUUAGUGAGGCGAUCCUUAGGGCCGGACUUAGGCUGCCUAUUCACCCGUUCUUUAGGUUGGUGCUUAGGUCUUACGGGCUAGCCCCGACGCAGCUCAACCCGAACUCCUGGAGCCAGAUGGAAUGGAAGAGCUCUUGGUGCUGGGCAGCGGGGCGAUGGGACACAAUGGAGGGGGACCCCCUGGCGCCUCUUACAGUCCCGGCGAAGUUUUCAACACUUAGUUCCCUCCCUCGGUGCGAGCUGUCGACAGAGGACUUCGACAUUAUUUGCGUUAUUUAUCAACUGCCUCAGAAGAAGAGGUCAUAUCACAGGCUCAUUCGGAAAAACAUACACUUCGUCACUCACGAAUUAAUGGCGUCCCAAGAUAACUUCAACAAGAAGCUGCCAGUACGCCCUGACUUCAAAACUAUUCAGAAAAUGAUGGCUGAAGCAAGGGCACUGAAGGCCUCCUCUUCUUCAUAUAAGAAACAAAUGGAGGAGCUGGUGGAGGCCAGUAAGAGACUUCAGCCUCCGACAGAGGAGGAGGUUCAGGAAGAUCCGGCGGCCGACCUUCGAAGGAAGGGCAAGAAAAGUGCUGCCCCUCCCAGACGCCCAACUGUGGCGAGGCCACCCCCAGUUAUGCGGCAGACAACUAUUCUUACUGGGGUGGCCCUCCCAGAGAGAAGCCCCUCUGCUGCGGAGCCUGUUGCUGCCCAGGACACGACGCCCCUCACGGCCGUACCUAUUGAACAUGUUCCGGGGCAGCAGAGGAGGAAAAGGGCCCGCUCCAGCAAAGAAGUUGACUUCCUCGGCACCAGUUCAGAAGAGCCAGUAAGGGAGGUGCUGGAGGCUCUCCCUCCGGAAACAGCUGCGGUGGCGGUGGUCCACAGCAAGUAUUGGACCGAAGAGUGGAGGGACCACACCGCCUCCUGCACUGCUGAAGACUUGGUGGCGGUGAACAGCGCCUGCGUGGCCCGGGCACUAAGCACAAGUAUCCAACUCGAGGGCUUGGUGAAGGAUCUAAACUCCAAGAGGGAGGACCUCGCCAAGCGCCUCGAGGAGGCGAUGCAUUACGGGGACGCUGUGCGAGCUGCCCAGGCCAAAGCUGCCAAGGCAGAAGAGGCAAAGAGAGCUGCUGAGGUCCAGCUCGCUGCUUCGCAGGCAGAGGUGGAGCGGCUGAAAAAAGAGCUCUAUGAGGUGGAGUGCCAGGGGGCUGUGGUGACUCGGCGGCUUGACCACGCUAAUGAGCACCACAAGCUCGCCACUGAUGCCCUGGAGGCCUCCAACAGAGAAAAAGCGGAGCUGAAGCAACAAGCAGAGGCCCAGUCAGUGGAGAUUGCCUCUCUGAGGGAGGAGUUAAAGUCAGCGGGGGAGGUGGCGGUUCAAAAUUUCAUUGAUCACUUCGAGGACCACCCCCUUUAUGACGACUUCGCCAACUUCUGGGCCUCGUGGAAUGCCCAGAGCCUAUUGGGUCGGCUGAAGGAGGUGCACCCCACACUGGACAUCUCUCAACUAGAGGAGGAGUUCGGGGGACCCGCUGGAGGUCGGCCUGACAAGGUUACCGAGGAGGUUCCAGAGGCCCAGGAGGCGGCCAGUGCUGAAGUUCCUCCCUCAGAUUAG